AGCUGUCAGACUCAGCACACAGAGCUUCUCCGCCCAAACAGCGAAAACACGGGCUGUUCAAACACAGAGCAGCUGAAUGUCGCUCAUCACCGAGCAGAGAUGGUCCUGUAACUGACACAGCGUGCUGAUACUCCCCAGCCAUCACCUGACCACUCUCACCUCUCCCCGCCAUCAUCACCAUGGAGACCGCCAACAGCUACGUGCUGAUCCACGGGAAGAACAUAUCCCACAACACCCUGGCGGGCUCUGCUGUGGGGCCCCACAUGUCCAUCGACAAGCUUUUCCCAGCUCUCCUCGAGUGCUUUGGCAUCAUACUGUGUGGCUACAUAGCCGGCAGGGCAGAUAUCAUCACAGAGAGCCAGGCGAAGGGUUUGGGGAACUUUGUCUCUAAGUUUGCUCUUCCGGCGCUGCUCUUUAAAAACAUGGUGCUGCUGGACUUUGGAGACGUCAUCUGGGCGUUUCUCUGGAGCGUCUUGGUCGCUAAGGUGAUGGUGUUUGUGCUGGUGUGUGUGCUGACCCUGAUGGUGGCCAGUCCGGAGAGCAGAUACAGUAAGGCUGGUCUGUACGCCAUCUUCGCUACGCAGAGCAAUGACUUCGCCUUGGGAUACCCCAUAGUUGAUGCUUUGUACCGGAGCACAUAUCCAGAGUACCUCCAGUACAUCUAUCUAGUCGCUCCGGUCUCCCUCAUGCUCCUCAAUCCCAUCGGCUUCGCUCUUUGUGAGGUGCAGAGGUGGAGGCAGGCCAGCCAUUCACACAGCACUCUUGGCAUCCUGGGAGUCGUAGUCCUACAGGUGUUGAAGAACCCAAUCGUAUUCAUGGUCAUCGUAGGAAUCGUCUCCCACUUUGCGCUGGGCCAGCGGAUCCCUGCUGUGCUAUCAGAGUUCAUAGACGGCUUGGCGAACUCCUUUGGAGGGGCGGCCUUGUUUUACCUCGGCCUCACUAUGGUCGGCCAGCUCCGAAAACUAACCAGAGACACUGGAGUCGCCCUGAUUCUCCUCAUCACAGCCAAACUCCUGGUGAUGCCGCUGGUCUGCAAAGACAUGGUGGAUAUUCUGGAUGUAGGCGUGAACAGCACGAGUGCCAACCACACCAGUCUGUCUAACUUUGCCUUCCUGUACGGCGUCUUCCCGACCGCUCCCAGUGUGGCUAUCUACGCCGCACACUACAACGUCGAGCUGGAGGUGGUGACAUCAGGGAUGGUGAUCAGUACGUUUCUGUCUGCACCCAUCAUGUACGUGUCGGCCUGGUUGUUAACAAUCCCUCUGAUGGACCCGACCCCGCUGGUGACAGAGCUCGAAAACGUGAGCUUCAACAUCAGCAUUGUCAGCCUCGUGGCGCUGGUGUGGACCAUCGUGGUGAUGUUGCUCAGCAGGAAGUUUAACAGACUUCCUCACCUGUUUGCCUUAAACCUUUUCCUGGCUCAGUUCCUGGUGUGUGUCAGUAUGAUCCUGUGGAACUUCCUGGUGAAACAAGAGGAUAAUCUGGUGGGAAAGAUCCUCACCUUCACUCUGCUCUACGGGUCUCUGUACAGCACCUACAUCUGGACGGGUUUAAUCCCGCUGUGUCUGGCGCUCACUAACAGAGACGAUCUGCUGAGACUCCGACCGGGAGUAUUCAUGAUUUUGGGCUGGGGGGUUCCCUUCCUGAUGGUCGGAGGUCUCCUGAUAUCAGGAGAGCGGACCGACACCAUCGACUCUGCGUUCUUCUACGGCAGAGCUCAGAUAAUCAGCACGGCGGUGGUGCUCGCCGUCAGCCUGGUGCUCGGUGCCAUAUCUCUGAUGGGUCUCAGCCAGGGGGACAGGGAGCAGAGCGGCUACCAGGCCCUGAGCAGAGCCGCUGUAACAGGCGUCAGUGAUGAGCUGAGGACCCCUGGUGGCCUGGAGGAUCCACAACAACCACAGCAACAACAGUCACAGACGGCAAAUUCACCUGACGGCAGCAUCAACUCAGACCUCCACAGUUUCUCUCCUCUGCAGCCCAUGCCUGACAUGAUAGCCAGCACGCAGAGGGAGCACACAAACAGCACAGGCCACAGUGGGGCGCUGUGUGACGGGCAGCAGCAGCAGCAGCAGCAGCAGGGUUCUUCCUCCUCUGAGCAGCCGCUGAACCUGCCUCCACCCGGCCUUCAGACCACUGAUGAUAAACAGACGGUCAGACACGUCCUGCUCUGUCUGCUGCUCUUUGUCAGCCUGUUAGCGAACCUGUCCAGCUGCCUGUGGUGGCUCUUCAACAAAGAUCCGGGAAGACUUUACCUUGAACUACAGUUCUUCUGCGCUGUGGCAAACUACGGACAGGGCUUCCUGUCCUUUGGGAUCUUUGGUCUGGACAGACACCUCAUCAUCAUGCCCUUCAAGAAGAGGUUGCUGGGGAUGUGGCAGGGACGGGACAGUGAGGAUCUGAGUCCCUCAGGUGUACCAGAGGAGGUCCGACUCACCUGCACCCAGUUUGUCCGUUACCACAAAGACCAGUGUGUACAGGACAUCGUGCACACACGCAGGUUCAGAGGAGGACUGGAGGAGGAGGAGGAGGAGGAGGGGGCUGUGAGACGCUCCCCCUCCCAUCAGCCCCGGUACCUUCACUCGCAUCAGGAUCUUCAGGAGCAACUGAAGCACGAGCCGCAUGAUCUGCACCAGACUCACCAAACUCACCAUCCGGCUGAACACUGCGGCCGAAGUUUGCCUCCAUCCCGACCCUGGAAUGAAAACCAAGCACAUGUUUCUGACUGUGAUAUCCCAGAGGAGCAGACCCCCCAGCUCCAGUCUAACCACAACCCAGCUGGUCCUCGCCGCCUACACCAGCACGGUCUUUCCUCUAGCCCCCCCCAUCUCCAUCAGUCAUGUGUCCAAAGUGUGUUUCGGGGCAGCGACCUGGUGGACUGGCUGCUUGAGAGAGGCCUGUGCGCCGGGCGAGCCGAGGCCCAGCUGUACGGCGUCAGGCUUCAGCAGGGAGGAGUGUUACAUCACCUGACAGGUCAGCGCCGCUUCAGAGAUGAACCCUCCCUGCUGUACUGCUUCACACAGGGGGCAGAGAGAGGGAGAGCGGAGCAAUGGUCCCACAUCAUGUGACAGGAGAGAGGAGGCGGGGGAACAGGUUCGAGUGACAGGCGUCUGGGGCUGCUCAUGGCCAGAGGUUUGAAAAUGUGCGGCACCAGCUGCUGAGAGGCUUCGUUGGCAGCUCCUUGAAGAAACAAGUAGAGGGAUGGGUGGGCUCAGUGAAGGCUGCACCUGAUAGUUCAAAACUUCUUUCAUAAAGUUGGUAUUCAAACUUUAAAUCAACAUUCAGAUGCUGUGCAGCCUCUUUUUGCAUGUCUAUUCAUUUGAAGUGGGGCUCACAUAUAGUCAAUGUGUUACCUUCAGUAGAUGGCGGUCAGCACGCCCCCAGUUUGGAAUAGCAGGCAGGACUCCCACCAGGGAAGCUCAGCAUCACACUGCUGUGGACAGAGGGUUGACAGUGAAACGUAUUUUAGCCAUCCUAAAAAAAGGCCCACCUAACAAAGUCAGUAUCAGUCUAAGUAGACGCCAUAUUGAGAACUUCAUUUUCUCAACCACAUUACACCGUCAGGGUUACAUACCACAACACCACAUGUUGCAGCUGCUCCUCUGUCCAGCCAGGAUGUUGUGGACAGGGUGGUUGACACUGUCCGUUACGGCUUGCAGCUUAUUCCGUGUGUGUCCCUCCACCACAGUUCCCAGUAGGUCCAGUCCCCUGCUCAGCACUGGGCUGGCCUUUAAAGAGUGUUUAUGAAACAUGAGCAGAACAAAUUUGUGUGUAGGAACAUUUUGACAGUAGGAACAUUUCGACAUUCAUCAACAUGUUAGUAGCGUCGAUCUUUUCGUAGGUACUAUAGAAAUCUGCACCUGCUUCUGACUGCUCGUAGUGCUCGUGUAAAACAAUGUUGCACAUGAAUAUUGCUCGUCAUUAUUAGAAAUUACAACAUUAAAGGGAUAGUG